CGCGCGCUCGCACAAGAGCGAUCGAUCGAGCAGAACAGCAGCGUUGCAGAAAGCCAGAAACGCACGCAGGCAGCCCACGCGACCCGACCCGAGAAGGAAUUAACAAGGCUCCGGACCACGCGAUGGGCUCGGGCGACCCGGCGGCCGACCCCCUCCUCCGCCACCACCCCGGCGCGCUCUCCCUCUCCUUCUCCCGCCGCGUCGCCAUGGCGCGCGACGCCACCGCGGCCGCCGUGCCCGCGCUCCGCUCCGCCUGGCUCCUCGACCUCCUGCCGCUCCUCGUCGUCCUCCUCAUCGCCGCCCACGUCCUCGCCCUCGGGUACUGGAUCUACAGGCUCGCCACGGACGGGUCCAGGCAGCCCGCGCGGAGCAAGAAGCACUGAGGACGCGGCGCCCGCGGCAGGAUGCUUGCAGCCAAUGUUUGCCAUUUAGUUGAUUAGUUCGUGCAUCCUCUGCUUGUUGAUCUCCAAGGUUUUCAUACAUUGGGUGGUGGCUCGGCAAAACUCCUCCUGAGAAAGACCAGAAGACAGGGAACCAAAUCCCUUCCAUCGGUUUGUUGAGAUGUUGGUUUCAAAAGUGACGCUAGCUGAUAUGUAAAGGUGGACCACAUGAUCACAGAUAGCUUUCUGUUGUUGAAUGGGCGUGUCGUCUUGGACGCCUCCGUGUAAAGAACAGUAGAUAGACAGUUGUGCCGUUUCUUCUGUUGUGGGCUUGUGUAAUCUCAGGAGCAGCAUUUUAUUUGCGCAACCCAGAAACGGAGGAGUUUUCGGCCCCUCCCAGUUCCUGCUUCUAGGAUAUUGCCUGAAUGUAACAUGGAUGCUCUGUGUUGCAGUUCCGGAUAGUCA